UUUUUGUGACUCCCUUUGAACUUACAGGUCAUAUGGAACAUGCAAUACUUGAUGGAAGAUAUGACAAGUCUUCCCGACGUUACAAUAUUGAUCCUGGAUGUAACUGCAUAUGUACAUUCAUUUGGUGCCAGCGUAUUCCAUGUUCUCAGGAUGUGCCCUCGUUUAAAAGCACUCAGCAUUAGAUUUCCUUUGGAACCUAACCAACUGGAGGCGCAAACAGUGUUCUGCUCCUCAGACUGCAUAUGUGAUCAGCCACCAAACUGGAAAACCGAAGAACUCCUGCUGGACCGCCUCCAAGACGUUGAAAUUUGGGGCUUCACAGGAACUGAACAUGAAGUUGCUCUUUUGAAACGGUUAGUCAGCUGGGCAACGGUGCUAAAAACGAUGACGAUAAGAUUCCAUGGCUCCGUCACUGAAAGCAAGCGCAAUAGGCUAUGCAAGUUGUUACUAAGCUUCGCCAGGCCAGAAACAUGUUUGCAUGUAGCGCCACUAUUCGAGAAAUAUGCAUUUCUAUAUAUGCACACAUAAAAGCUUGUAGCGCUCCAUCCUGGCGAAGGUUUUAUGCGUUCUAGUAGAAGACUAAAAGGCAGCAACUUUUUUUGCUUGCAGUAGUUGC